AUGGAUUUGCUGAGCGCGUUGCAGCCGUUACUAUCAAUUACCAACUCCAUUAGAUACGUCUACUUAAACCAUGAAUUACAACAUGAUGUCGGAAUGACAAGUCCCGGAUAUAGCGGAGUUAAAUGUUUCCUCGUAUUUUAUGACGAGCGGUGCCCAUUAAAUUUGAGACCAGAGUUAUCUUAUAUUACUGAAACGACUUAUGAGGGUAUAUGUGUAUUGCACCUUCUAAGGUCGCUGAAUUUGCAUCGUCUUGAGGUAUGGAGUCGUAAAGGAGCCGAGAGGACUGGGACUAAUAUUGAAAUGUUUAAGGGGAACAAACGGUUCUGUAAGAGUAAUGGGAGUACUUGGAUUUAUGGUAAUAUUAGAUUUACCGGAGCUCGUUGCACUAUGCAGACUUUUCGAUGCUUGGCAGAACGUGUGAAAUCAGGUGCGCCGUCGAACCACCAUGUUGUAGAUCACCACGUGGGAAGUCACUUAUGCCAUUUGAAUGCAGAAGAGGAAGAUACCGUCCUCCUGCAUCAUCAUCCACAUAUCAACGAGGGCACUCCCCCAUCACAUCCCAGUUACUUCAAGGACGGAGAUCCCUUAGCGCUUUGUGAUACCCUGCUUCCGAGACCAUCCAUAAAAACGUCAGGAUUCGAUGACCCUCAUAACGCCGAUGCUUACUUUGACCCUCAGACGAGAAUUAAGAACAACAUUAACAUCGACUGGGAUCGUGCCAAGUGGGUUCUUGGAUUUAGUUGUAGCCAUAUCCACUCCAAAGUCAGUUUGCUUAAAUGGAUCACAUUCAAUAACGAAGCUACCAAUUACCUACCCAAUAUAAUAGUCGAAGAUUUAACGGAAGAAGCUAAUUGCCACACAAGGUUCUCCCAUAAUCAUGGCAACAAUCAGCAAUGUCUAGUACCAAUUGCGGAUUCCGCCCUGCAAAUGCCUUCAGGCGGAUAUAUGAUUUGGAAGCUUUAUGCAGAGGAUAAUGUUGCUCAGAAAGAUUGCAUUCUCUCAGUAAAUAGACCUACAACCCCCCCCCUCCCCACGUGCAUCCC